AUGUCUCGUAUUCAGACCAACCAAAACCGGAUGGCAGCAGCGUCACUCUCCACCGCCACACCCGGCGUCCCUCCUUUCCGUCUACCCACCUCCACCCGUCGAACCGCCUCAACACGGGUCCAAGCUUCUCCCCGAGCCGACCCGGAAUCCCCUUCUCCUCCUUCUUCCACGGCGCUGACGGUGAUGGACGACCGGACGCGGCGAAUAGCGAGAGAGUUGGAGGAGCAGAGGAAGCGGGAAGCGAAGGAGCGGAGGGAAUUGAGAGACAGAAAGAUAGCGUCGCAGAAAGCGGUUUCGGUGAUUCUGUGGAGAGAGGCCGCGAAGGCCGUGAUUGAUAAGAGUGGUAGGAAGAAGAAGGGUCCCAUCAACUCCAAAAAGCUUCUUCCCAGAACUGUCCUCGAAGCACUCCACGAACGAGUCGCGGCUCUGCGCUGGGAGUCCGCUCUCAAGGUUUAUCAACUGUCUUCGCUUCUUUUGUUCGAUGGUGUUCUGUUGGGUUGUUCUGAAUCAGAGACUAUUUUGACAUAUGAAAUGUUGAAGGAAGAAAGUAAAAGCACAGAGGAGCAUAUUUGCGUUAGGGAUCUAGAAGAUAAGUUGAGAAAUUUGGUUUUUGAACUACUGCGUGAACAGAUCUGGUACAGACCUAACACUGGUAUAUACAUCAAGUUAAUAGUGUUGCUUGGAAAAUGUAAGCAACCUAAGAAAGCUCAUGAACUCUUUCAAGCUAUGGUUGAUGAAGGUUGUAUUUUGGACCGUGAAUCAUACACUGCGUUGUUAUCUGCCUACAGUAGGAGUGGUCUCUUGGACCAAGCUUUCACAAUUCUUGAGGAAAUGAAGAAUACACCUGGUUGUCAACCAGAUGUACAGACUUACUCAAUCCUAAUAAAAUCUUGCUUACAGGUUUUUGCCUUUGACAAAGUUCAGAGUCUUUUAUCUGACAUGGGCAAUCAUGGAAUCAAACCCAACACAGUUACCUACAAUACCCUUAUUGAUGCUUACGGGAAGGCAAGAAAGUUUUCAGAAAUGGAAUCUAUACUUGUGGAAAUGCUUGCUGACCGGUAUUGCCAACCCGAUGCAUGGACGAUGAAUUCAACACUAAGGGCAUUUGGCAACAUUGGACAAAUUGAAACAAUGGAGAAGUGUUAUGAGAAGUUCCAAACUGCUGGAAUCCAACCUAAUGUUCAGACCUUCAACAUUCUCUUGGAUUCCUAUGGCAAGGCUAAGGAAUACAAGAAAAUGAGUGCUGUGAUGGAAUACAUGCAGAAAUACCAUUACUCUUGGACCAUUGUGACCUUCAAUAUUGUAAUUGAUGCUUUUGGGAAGGCUGGGGAUCUCAAACAGAUGGAGUACUUGUUUAGACUAAUGCGUUCAGAGAGAAUAAAACCUAGUUGCGUUACACUUUGCUCACUUGUGAGGGCUUAUGCACAUGCAGGUAAACCUGAAAAAAUUGGUGGUGUCCUGCGUUUUGUUGAGAAUUCAGAUGUAUUACUAGACACUGUAUUCUUUAAUUGCUUGGUGGAUGCUUAUGGGAGGUUAGGGUGUUUGGCUGAGAUGAAAGGGGUGCUUGAGAUGAUGAACCAGAAAGGUUGUAAACCGGAUAUUAUUACUUAUAGAACCAUGAUUAAAGCUUAUUCAUUUAAAGGCAUGGAUGGCCAUGCUAAGGAACUCAGAGAGCUCCUUCCAACAGUGACUAGGCCUUCACUGAAAAGAGCAAAAAUUGGGAGGUCUUCUGCUCCAAGAACUCUAACAAUACAAUUGGAUAAUUCUUGGAUAGAUUUUACAGUUCCUCCUUACUUUUCAAUUAAACAUCCUGCUUGUGAGUCUGUCAGUAAAAGCUUUGUAGAAACUUGGUCGGCCACACCUAAAGGAAGGAGCGUGGAAAAAGGUGACACGGAUAAAAUAUUCUUUGAUAAAUGGAAAGUCACACUCUUAGAUAUUAAGAGUGGGAUGCAUGGAUGUAACGCAGGACCUGUCUUCCUUGUAAAUGCUGAGGUUGAUUCCAUGGGAGGUGUUGUUGAUGGCGGAGUGGGUAUAGGUUUGAAAACCUCUCCGCGCCGAGUAGCAAUUGAGAAGGCUCAAGCAGAGCUCAGACUGGAAUAUGAUGUUCGUGAAGAAAGAAGAAGGGAACUAGAAUUUCUUGAAAAAGGAGGGAAUCCUUUGGACUUUAAAUUAGGGAAUGCUGCUUCAGUUAGUGUUCAGUCUACUUCACUCACUGAUCAGCAUCAAGAGCAGUUUGUGACCAGUGAAGCUAAAGGUAGUUUUGUAUCAACUGCCUCCCCUCAUGGUGACUCUGUUGACAGUAGCGCUAGACCUGGGGUCCCUUCUCUUAGUGAACCAAAUACUGCUGAUAACCUCUUACUUUUUGAUGGUGAGAAUGAGUUGCCUGAAGGAGAAAAGAGGUCUCUACAUUCAAAUAAAAGGAAUAAUGUUGCUCCUUCAGAACAGUCUUCGCGAAUUGGGGGGAGUCAAAAUGCAAAGGAGACCGAAGAUUCUGCUAUUUUCCGGCCAUAUGCACGAAGGAACAGGUCCAAACCAAAUCAUGGUCCUCGUGGGGCUUCAAGGGAUGGAAAGGGAAUGUUAUCUGAUACAAACAAACAGAAGGACCACAAUGUGCUUUCUGUUUCUAAACGAAAGCCUACAAGUUUAAAUGGCGAGGUACUUUCUAAAGAUCUGAAAGAUCCGACAUCUAAUAAAUCACUGGAUAAUGACUUGGUUAGUGUCCAAGCUCCUCAAACAGCUAGUGGCAGUGCUAGUGUUCCUGAGGACAAAUUGAAUAGUGUUGUGAAUAAAAACUUCAAGGAAGAUCAACGAAUUAUACCUUCUCAAGAUGAUGUUGUACAAAAUCCAGUUGUCUUGGCUUCUGGAGAAGCCAAAGCUGUUGGAGAAAAGGACCUGGGAAGUUCUAGUCAUCCUGAGCCUCAACCUUGUGCAACUACUAAACAACCUGGAAAUGAAUCUUGUUCUGGUCAGCCAAAUGGGUUUGGCAACAUAAAAUUAGACCAGAAAGGUGUACCAAAUGGAGACCAAAAUUGCAGUGCUGAAUUAGGCAUGAAGAAUUUUGAUUCGGAGUCCUCCUGUGCUCAAACUAGUUUAGCUAGAGAUGUAAAUAAUAAUAAUAACAUGUGUAGUAAUUCUAAGAAAUUUGAUGCAAAUGGAAAUACUAUGGAACAGACAUCAGAAUUUGAGAAGAAGCUGAAUGUAACUGGCUGUGGAGUUGUAAAAGAAAGGAGUAAUACCAAUACUGGUGAAAAUGGUGCUACUUCUAACACUGAACAUGCUAUUGCAUGUGAAAACCAUUCUGGUAGUGAUAAUAUAGUCAAAAGUGAGAAAGACAACCAUACUAAUGGUUCUUGCAUACAGAACAAGGUGAAAGAUUCUGCCAAUAUUCAAGGACUGCAUCACAAUAAAAGUUGUGUAUCAAAUGCUGAUAAAGAGGAAAGUGGUUCCCUGAAGAUGGACCAUCAUAAUUGUAUCAGGGAAGACAGCUGUGAAAGACUUAAAGUUCCUUCAGAUGUGUCAAUUUCAACAACUCAAACUGCUUCGGUUGAAAAAGUUACUACUACUGCCUCUGAAUGUCAACCAUGUACUACGCACAGCUUGAAGUUACCUGACAAGGCUCAUGAAGAUUCUAUUUUGGAAGAGGCUAAGAGUAUAGAGGUCAAGCGCAAGAGGAUUGCAGAGUUAUCUGUGCGCCCAUUGCCAUCGCAGAUCCAUAGAAGGACUCAGUGGGGUUUUGUCCUUGAGGAAAUGACAUGGUUGGCGAAUGAUUUUGCACAGGAGCGUCUUUGGAAGAUAACUGCUGCUGCACAAUUGUCUCAACAGGCAUCUUUUACUUCUCGGUUAAGAUUUGAAAAACAAAGCAAACAUCUUGGGGUGAAAAUUUUGUCUCACAACAUGGCAAAGGCUGUCAUGCAGUUCUGGAAUUCGAUUGAGCUCCUUCUAGACAACGAUAAUCGCAACUGUGUUGAUGCUUCAGUUGAUUCUGGGGACGGUGAUUCAAAUGAAGUAUCUAGGGACAAGAGGAGCAAUUCCGAGAUGGUGCUGGAGAAAAGCAAAUACUUGCAUGGACAAUACCUCACUAAUCAAGUAGCACAUCAGGUGCAUAGUUAUGCUUUGAGAUUUUUAAAGGACAGUCGAUUGCGUGGAAAUUCCACUCAAGCAGAAGCACCAACAACACCUGAUAAAUUAUCGGACUUGGGCAUUGUUGACAUGUCAUGGGAUGACCAUCUUACUGAAGAAAGCCUUUUCUAUACAGUUCCUCCUACUGCAAUGGAAGCAUACAGAAAGUCUAUUGAAUCUCAUUUUCAACAGUGUGAGAAAACUGUUAGUAGCAUUCAAGAGGAAGUUGAAACAUCUAUGUAUGAUACUGCAGCAGAAUUUGGGCAUGAAGAGGUUGCAUAUGAUGAGGAUGAAGGAGAAACUAGCAUUUAUUAUUUGCCUGGUCUCUAUGAGGGUAGCAGAUCAUCAAAAUCAUUACAGAAGAAACACAAAAACAGGAUGAAGUCAAACACUCACAAGUCUAGUGAGUUUGGGACUGAUUUGCCUUAUGGGCACUAUUCAACUGGACCUCAACCAUCCAUGCUACUUGGAAAAAGGCCCACAAGUUUAAAUGUUGGAACAAUACCAAUAAAACGCAUGCGUACAGCUUCCAGGCAGAGAGUUGUUAGUCCUUUUGCUGCGGUCUCUGGGACAAUACAGGCUCAAGCUAAGACAGAUGCUUCAAGCGGAGAUACGAAUUCCUUUCCAGAUGACCAGAGUACUUUACAUGUUGGAGCUCUUAUUCAGAAAAGUGUGGAGGUGGAGUCAGUUGGAGAUUUUGAAAAGCAAUUACCUUAUGACUGUGGAGAAACAUCAGUUAAAACAAAGAAGAAGAAGCCCAAGAAUCUGGGUUCUGCAUAUGAUCAGGGAUGGCAAUUGGAUUCUGUUGUCCUGAGUGAACAGCAUUCAUCAUACAAGAUCCCUCGUUUAAAGAAUAUACAUGUGAUGACAGAAGAAUAG